CUGAACCUGACUCAGUGAACAUUCUUACAUAUAACCCAUUCUCCUGAGCUUUAGCACCACAGAGAUCCACACUGGAUAUAAGACAAUUAGCUGCGUGUUUGUGUUUGGUGAUCAAAGUGAUGAGUUUCUCCUCUGGUGUGAGGACACAGCAUGUUUUUGGCUGGGUCUCCAUCAUCUGGUUCAUGUCAGCAGUCUGCAUUAUUGUCAGUGAAAGUGUGGAGCUACAGACCAUUUCCCAGGUCGCUGCCCAGUGUGGAAACAAUGUGACACUGACUUGUGAUGCCGUCUCGUCACACCAGUUGGAUAUUAGAUCAUUUGAAUGGCUGGCUAGAGACAGAAGUGUGUGUCAAAAUGGACACGGCCAACCUGACCGCAAGGUUCUGUGUGAGCGUGGUGACCACAGCCUCACUCUGACUCUCCUAAAUGUGACGCCAGAUGACCAGGGAACAUACCUCUGCAAACUGCGCUCCACUUCCGGAUCAGGGUCUAACACCACUGUAGUUACAGUACAAGACUGCCUUGGAAGUGUUGGCUCCUCCAUCAAUGAGACUCAUGCUGAGUGCUGGUUCACAGGAGUUUACCCCGAUGGCACCGUCCACUGGUUCCAGGGAGACGUUAACUUAACAGACCUUGCCGUCCCACAGGAAGUGGUGGAUAAUCAGCGGUACAAUGUCAGCAGUACAGUAGUUGUGCAGAAAGGAAACCUGAGCCAGCCGUAUGAGUGCUCACUGUGGAUACCUUCAACAGGGAAAUAUCUCUCCAGUCAACAGCUACAUAUGGUUCAAAAACUGGUCAUCGAUUCAUCAGGAAAUAUGAUCAAACUGCAGUGGAUCUGCAUGAUUGUGGGAAUCAUGAUGGUGAAAUUUAUGGCAUAAGACACAGGUGGAAUUCAGAUGCUGAUAGAAUAGUUGAAAUAUGACAGAGAUGAAACAGACAUGAAGAUGACUGUUUAGUAAACCUGCCUGUAGCUCUGGAAGGACAAGAGCUUGUAGCUUUUUUCAUGCUCUAAAAAACCUUAAUAUUUCACUGAUAAGUAAAUCUUUAACUGGUGGGAAGAAGUCGGCUCAUGUAUUGUUUGGUUUGCGUAAAAAUCUGAAAGCAUAUUUUCACUCCCAUAGCACAGAUCUUUGCUUGAUAUAGUAUUUUUUUUUUCCAAAUAUCACUCAUGUAUUACUGGUAUUAUCAUGCUCAUUGUAACCACUGAAAACCUUUACUUCAUGCUGAUGGCCACAAGGGGGCAGUCUUCCCAUGCAAGAAGGACCGCUUAUUCACUGCAUGAACACAGCGCUUGCAAAUUGUAAAUAUUGUAAAGUAAACCUGAAUCAGUAUUCUAAAUUUACUGCAAAUACAUUGACACUGAAGGAGAGGAAAUUUGCCUACUAGUUAUCACAAAAAAAAUUGAAAAAAUCCUUUAAGCAGAUAUAAUUCAUGUGAAUGGCCCAGCAGCUACCAGAGGGCCAAUAAAAAUGAAAUUAAAAGGAAUAGAUUAGGGACACAUAAACCAAAAUAUGAUGUGAUGUUGUGAUGUUUUUAAUAUAGCUAACAGUACUGAUACUGAUCUGAAACACAGCUUCUGAUAACAUGCAACGUGUGGUAGAUAUUGUAUAUUAAGGAUUUUUAUUUUUCUAAAUCUGCUUUGUGCCAUUUGAAAUGGGUAAAAUGUAAUAAACAUUUCCUCCAGGUAA